AUGAGGAGUGCUUCCCUCCGGCUCACUGCCCCUUCCCAGGCAGAGCCCGGAGUCCCCCUUCCAGGACUAAAUGUAGGCCCAAGAGCUGAAGGCUGCCAGCCUGCUUGCAGUCCAGUCCAGAAACCCAGCGUUGCUGUGGCUGCUGCUUCUGCGAACAAAAAGGGCAGAUUUUGGUAUCAUAGCACAGCUGAUGAAUUUUAUAUUUCUUUUUGUUGUUUCAUAUUCAAGGCCUAUAUGAAUCCCAUAGCUAUGGCCAGAGCACGAGGUCCUGCCCAAAAUUCGGGACCAACAAUACAAGACUACUUGAACAGGCCAAGACCAACAUGGGAAGAAGUGAAAGAGCAACUAGAAAAGAAAAAGAAAGGAUCCAGGGCCUUGGCUGAGUUUGAAGAAAAGAUGAACGAGAAUUGGAGGAAAGAACUGGACAAACACAGGGAGAAAUUAGUGGGUGGAAACGAGAGUUCCUCCAAAAAGAAAGAGAAAAAGAAAAAGGAAAAGAAGAAAUCUAAUAGGUUGUCUUCAUCUUCCUCUUCUUCAUCAAGCUCUGAUUCUUCCAGCAGUUCAUCUGAUUCAGAAGAUGAGGAUAAAAAGCAAGGGAAGAAAAGAAGGAAAAAGAAGUAUCGCUCCUCACGGAAAUCUUCAGCAAGCUCAACUUCUGAAUCUGAGUCAGACAGCAAGGACAGCACAAAAAAGAAAAGGUCAAAGGAAGAUUAUGAAAAAGAGAAGGAAGGCAAAAAUCACCACAGGAAAAGGAAGAAAGCCGAUCGUGGUGAUGGACCUUUAUCAUCAGAAUCCUUAUCAGAAUCGGAUCAGACAGAGGAGGUGCAAGCAAAAAAGAAGAAAAACAACGAGGAAAAAGAGAAAACAGAUAAAACAAAAAAGAGAAAGAAGCACAAGAAACAUGGUAAAAAGAAGAAAAAGAAGAUUGCUGGUUCAAAUUCGGAUUCGGAAUAAUAUUUAAAAUAAACAAGACUACCAACAGAAGUGCAAUGACUAAAGGAAACUUAAACUGUGAAAUGACAGCAAACUUUACCAAACUGCAUGAGUUUUCCUGUGUUUUAGAAAUAUUCCUGAUCUUUCAGUAGCCAGCCAG